AAGCAGCCGGGGCAGAAAAUGGUGACCUACAAAUUCCAUCAAUACCAGGUUGUAGGGAGAGCUCUACCGUCAGAAAACGAUGAGCACCCAAAGAUUUACCGUAUGAAACUCUGGGCUACAAAUGAGGUCCGUGCCAAGUCCAAGUUCUGGUACUUCUUGAGGAAGCUAAAGAAGGUGAAGAAGAGCAAUGGUCAGAUGCUAGCUAUUAAUGAGAUUUUUGAGAAGUACCCAACAAAAAUCAAGAACUAUGGUAUUUGGCUGCGUUACCAAAGUAGGACUGGGUAUCAUAACAUGUACAAGGAGUACCGUGACACCACAUUGAAUGGUGGUGUAGAACAGAUGUACACUGAAAUGGCUUCUCGCCACAGGGUCCGCCAUCAUUGCAUCCAGAUCAUCAAGACAGCCACUAUUCCAGCUAAGCUCUGCAAGCGGGAGAGCACAAAGCAGUUCCAUGACUCCAAAAUCAAGUUCCCGUUGGUGUUCAAGAAAGUCAGGCCACCUACCAGGAAACUCAAGACAACCUACAAGGCCACCAAACCUAACUUGUUUAUGUAAAACGUGUUUUGAUCUUCUAGUGGAUUGAGUUGCUCUUUCAAAUUACUUCAAUUUUGGUUCUCUGAACUAGUGGAUUUCAACAUUCACCGGCUAGGGGAGGAAAAAGACACUUUUGUUGUGAUCAAUCGAUUAUCUUUUGCGCUCUUUAUA